UUGGCUCUUCUCUUGGCCGUUGUGUCGUUGCUUCCUUCGAGAUGUGCGCCAACAUGAUUGUCUAUCUGCCACCCAGGAUUUGAGGAGAAGGAAACGUAACACCCUUUGCAGCAUGACACAGUACCGCGAACGCUCUCCAUGAACCAGUCAGCUCUUUGUUGAAUUCAACAAGUUUGAGAGGAGCCCCUUCAUUCUGUCAUUGCCCCGCAAACAAGAACACAACAAGCAAGGAUGACGGUAUCAUUCGGAAUGCUAGGCAUCGUUUUGAUGCUAGAUGUGUGCUUUAUUGUCAACUACUUUGUGGUGCGAGCUCUCAGACAAUGGACAAACGCUCAACAGGCGAGAGAACGGCUGCAAGCCUCAAGGGGCAUCAAAAAGAUCAAGAAAGAUGAGCCUGCUGUAUCAGGGGAUCUAGAAUUCUAUGGAGACGUCAUGUUCUCCAUAUUCUUUCAAAGUGUUCGCUUGGAACCCAUGGGUGUCCGAAAGUUUCCCGAUUGGAAACCCAUACCCUACAGAUUUGGACUCGUCAGCACUUGCAUCAUCGUGGCGACAUCCACCAUUUUGCUUUCUCCAGAUCUCUUGGUCAAGCAUUUGGGAAUCUCUUCCGUGACGUUGGACGCUGACCUAUGUGUGGCGGAAUCGUACGAUUCUGGUAUCGAUGCUCUCAAAGAGGAUCUCUAUAAUGUAACCAAUCUACUGGCAGCACGACAGCAGUCUCAUGUAAUGAGAGAGUUGCACAGAGCACUUAUCAAUGAUACGUCCCUCUACGGAGUGCCACCUUACCAGUGUCCUUCGCGGGGUGACGUAUCUGGCUUGAAAGAAGAUUGGAAUUCAUCCGCUUCCUUCUUUCCAAGCUUUUGUCAGGCAGCCCUGGAAGCUGCUGUCCAAGUCGCAUCCGAGCGGGAAUGCUACCAAGAAAUCUGUGAGUGUCCAACGCUCCCAGAUAGCCCUGUCUUUCAGGUGGUUGGUUUGGCAGACAAGGAAUUCUGCGGUGCUGAAGUCUGCAUUGAAGUACCACACCCUUGUCCACCUCACGCCGAUGAUAUCCAGGAUUUUGCAGAGGCGGCACUGGAAGAUUAUCGACUGAUUCAGUUGGAAGCUGCUGAAAAGCGAUUUAGUAACAUGACGGCAACUCGAUCAGCCAACGACAGAUACCCAACGGCCGAAACUCUGGAAAACACACACACUACAGCCACAGAAACGGCAGAUAAAAUCCUGCACCAAGUAGAUGUGGCUUCCUACAUCUACAUUGGGUAUUCCUGCUUGGCGCUCUUCUUCCCUUCGCCCUUGAUCUUGUUCCGGAUGCCCUACUGGCCGGCGGUCAAACGGUUUCUCUUUGGAGUGCAAAAGCCUUACUUUAUUUGCUUUGUCGUGGCUCUGUGGUGGGGCAUUGAGUACUUUCAGGCGGUGUGGUACUCCCCAGAUUUGCGGUUGUUUUUGAAGAAUAUACGUUCGGGUGAUCCUUGCUUUGUCGAUGCGGACUAUCUAUUGGAGCGACAAUCUGUGUUGAAUGAAGUUUGUCAAGAGCUAUUGCCACUGCAUCCAGUUUUCAAUUCGUCCGCGGUGACCGUCACGGACGUCGUCCGGGAAAUUGGGUUCUUUGCAGAUUCCUGCAACUGUCCAUUUCCAAAUCAGCACACAUCCAAAUUGUUUGCUCUAUUCAAUCCGAACCUUCGUGAGAUUGGCUUCAAUGUUACGCAAAGUUUUUGCGGUGGUGACAUUUCGGACAAUUGCGUUACCAUGUACAUCCCGAACGAAAACAUUUCCUUCCUGGGAAACACUUCCAUUUGCACCAAUACCACAGCAUCGCGUCACUUGGUGUGGGAGUCUCAUCAUGAUGCCAGUCAAAAAACACCCUGGUACGAGCUCUGGAUAGCAAGUGGUUUCAUGGCGACUCUUCUGAUCAAAGUGGCUGUUGCCAACUUUGGUUUGGCGCUCAUGGAGCUGGCAGAUCCUUUCGUAGUGUGCGCCGGAGAGUUCCUUUGGAUGCCUUCCAGUUUUGGAAAUGGCAAGCUGUCCAUGGAGGACGGAGCCGACAGCAACAGCAAUAGACAUCUGCUAGAAGUGUUUGAUGAACACGGCCGAGCACUGCCCAAAGAAAUGGUGCAAAAGUGGUUCAAGGCCAAGCAACGAUCCUUGUUUCACUGCGCUGCUAGUAAGAGUCUGAUUUGGGGCAUCCUAGUUCACCUCUGCCUCAUCAACUUAUUCGAAUCUGUCUACACGGAGGUUUAUGAGAAUUUCUUCAUUGCAGAUGAGAUCACAGACGACGCCCCGCCUCUACAUCAGAUGCUGGAAGAAAGAGAUAUGAAUGUUUUGGCGGCCUGCCUGGGGACUGCUGGAGCUAUCAUGGUCUUGGGCUGCUACAUCAUAAGGAACCUCAACCGCAUGAAACAGCACGAGAUGGAUAACAUGGGCGAUACUGAUGGCGAAUCUUCUGACUCUGACAUCGGUGAACAGCAGCAAGAACUGGCGAUCAGAAACAGCAGCAGGCCACCAAUCAUUACAGAGGCUGAAGCGGGUGUGGAACUAGCCAAUCCUUCAUUCUUCACAACGGAUUGAGGACACAACUGAACUCCUUUGCUAAAUUCGGUACGGAUUGAAGAGGACACAACUGAAAUGCGCGUAAGCAUGCGUGACAAAGCUGGCUAGGGAUUAUCGUGGUUGAUUUGUUGUGACCAGCUGUAGAAACGUGACUGUAACAUAAUAUCUUCCUUUCUGCAUUU